AGCAGCUCAGUGACGUCGCAGCCAACCAUUGGAGAGACAGCGAGCGCGUGCUGGAUGCGUGCUUCACGUCAUCAACAGUUUCCGAAAACAUGCCGUUCGUUCAGCCGCUGUUGUUACAGUCAGCAACACGCUGACUUAUGUGAUGGAGUAUGUUAUUACUGCAUUUAUCAUAUGUGUUCGUAUCCCGAAGACAUAACGAACUAACAGUGAAACGUGCGUGUGUGAGUUAGCGGGACAGCUAAAGACAUCAAACCCGGACGUUUCAUUCUUUCGGAGCUGUGGUUGAGCACGGUAACCUCACCGAGGUGUCCUGGAGGUAAAAUGGACUUUUAACUCAAGUGUUUUCAAGUAUGGAGCCAUGUUUGAGGUUUGUCUGUCGAGAGAGUCUCAGGAAAGUGUCGAUGAAAUGCUGGACAUGGAGAAGUGUGAAGAGCUCAAGAUCACCUUUCAGACGCCCUCUUACUUCAACAUGUGGACGAUCACAUCACAGCACAGUGCUGCCGAGAGCUCAGGGACACUACCUCUCAUGUCGCCAAAGAGGCACAGACGCAUCCCAAGCAGCCCUGUCUAUUGUUGCUCCAGUGUUUGUUGUGAUGAAAUUUGAGCCUGAUGGGAAUGUGACCACAUUUGAAAAGAAGAAGACUGAGUUGUAUCAGGAGCUUGGUUUGCAGGCGAGAGAUCUGAGAUUCCAGCACUUAACAAGUAUUACAUCAAGGAACAAUGCCAUCAUCAUAUGCAUGGAGUCCCUCAAGGCUGUGGUGACGCCACAGUGUUUACUGGUGCUGGAUUUCCGUGGUCUCGGUCUGGAGAAAUGGCUGGUGUUAGAACUUGGGCCACAGCUGGCGGGAGAUGGAAAUUUGGCUACUUACUCAUUGCCCUUUGAGUUCAGAGCUCUGGAAGCCAUUCUGCAACACAGGGUGAAUGUGCUGCAGAUGCGGCUCAGUGAAGUUCAGCCUCAGGUUCUGGAUUGUUUGGAAUCGUUGGUCGACCCAAAGCUCCUCUCUGCUGACCGCAGCAAACUCCAUAUGCUCCUGCUUAAUAGCAAGAACCUCUCAGAGCUGGAGACAGACAUUAAAGUGUUUAAAGACAGUCUGCUGAAGAUCCUGGAUGAGGAUGAACUGAUAGAUGAACUCUGUCUCACCAAAUGGAGUGACCCACAAGUGUUUGAGGAGAGCAGUCUGGGUAUAGAUCACGCUGAAGAGAUGGAGCUACUGCUGGAGAAUUACUUCAUGCAAGCAGAGGAGCUGGGAAACAAAGCCCGAGAGCUGAAAGACCUCAUCGAUGAUUCUGAAAGCGUCAUCUUCAUUAACCUGGAUAGCCACCGUAAUGUCAUGAUGCGACUGAACCUCCAGCUCACCAUGGGAACCUUCUCGCUCUCUUUAUUUGGUCUGAUGGGUGUGGCUUUUGGAAUGAAUUUAGAAUCUUCUUUUGAAGAGGACCCGCGUGUGUUUUGGUUAGUGACAGGGUUCAUGUUCCUGGGCAGUGGACUCAUCUGGAGAAGACUUCUCUCUUUUCUGGGACGGCAUUUAGAACCCAGCUCUGCACCUCCUAUUCCCCCUGUUUGGAGGAAAAACCAAAUCGCCACCUUAAAAGCAACAGACAUUAAACCUGGAGUUAGAUGAUAGUGUGACUGCUGCUUUUUCAAUAUUUUUUUCCCUCCUCCGUAUCUCUGACUUUUAUGCAUACUGUAUUUUUCAGUAUCAUGUGCCACUCACCUCAGUCUAAUUUAAAAUGACAUUUAUCUAUUCAGGUGUAUCAUGUAGACACAGUUUUUAUUUUGCUAUGUGAUAUUUGUCUUGAGGUUUUGGAAUAAUCUCUGUAUUUAUUGUUGUGAAUAUCAUUGACAUAAUGCAAUACAUCAGAUACCUAAAUCAGUUUCCCUGGUUACCCUUAAAAACACAUGUUUAUGAAUACAUAACUUUGAUAAAACAUUAAAAACAUGAAUUUGUUGUGGGCUCUUUAUUUUAGGCAUCUAGAAUAAAACAUUUGAUGU